AUGUCGUCGAUUCACGAAGAUGGCCAGACUGGCAACUUCACAAUCGGGCAGCAACUAUUCAUGUUCCUCUACGUGGAGGCAUCCCUGCUAUCAGGGCUCGCCGUCACAGUCCUACUUCUCUACAAACUUACCGUAUUUGUACGAAGAAAGCGCAGCGCGAAUAAUGACGAAGAGGCAGAAGCAGAUGCCGCCGACUCGAGUCUAUUCCUGAGUUUAAUGGUUGGCGAAAUACUUCGGAGCAUCGGAGGUGGCUUUUCGAUACGGUGGAUCCUCGAAGGAGUCAUCAGCCAGGGCAAACUAUGUCAAGCCCAGGGAUACAUCAAGUUAAUUGGGACGAAUAUCAUCGACUUUUCGACUGGGGCUAUCACUAUUCACACUUUCACGGUUCUGAUCCUUCGCUGGAAACCGCCAAAGCACAUCGUCAAGUACCUCACGGCGGCGGUAUGGGUCAUCGUGGUUUUGAUCGAGCUCAUCACUUUCGCCGUCCAUCCCAAAGAUCUAAUGGGUCCGACCGGGUAUUGGUGCUGGAUUCCUAGAACACACACUGUCGCUCAAGUCAUGGCCGAAUACUUCUGGAUGUGGUUAAUUGGCUUGAUCACUUUAGUUCUGUACACCGUCGGCUACUUUGUUCUCAAAAGGAACCCCGCCACUACACACGAAGCUGAAGAAAUGCGAAGUAUCGCGCGGCAGCUCCUCUGGCAAGUGCAAUUCUUACUCAGUCUUCAACUCCCACCACUUUAUUUCUUACCCCCGUGA